AUGUGGGUAUUACGCAAAUACCAAGGCGGUGGCAGUUCGUUACAGGAUUUAGCUUUGUGGUUGUUGCGGUCAGGGUUGCUAUGGUUUUUAAGCAGAUACAGAAGUAAAACACAAUAUAGGGCGUCAUUGGAUUAUGACAAUUAUUGUUUGAAGAUAAUUAAAACAGUUAAAUUAUCAUAUUGGGCAAUUGGUAUUAUGAGAUUUGCUAUUGUUCAAAAAAUGCGGUAAAGUCGAAGAGUGAAAUUAGCAUAUCGCAAGGUUAUAUUGUAUUGAAAAUACUCUUGAACUAAUUUAGUUACAUGGUGUAAAAGUUUGAAAAAGAACAGUUUAAUUUUCACAUUUGAUGACUGAUUUGCGAAGCUGAGGCAGCUCAUCCUUUUCAAAUAUGUACGAAUUGAAAUUGAAGUAAUAGUGAUCAGCUUUUCGUUUUGACUUUUGGUCUGAAAUACUGAUCAACUUUUGUUGUUUAAGGGCCAGAAAAAAAUUAUCAUAUUUGGCAAUGAGAUUCGCUGCCCAUCUUGUAAGGCAUCACACUGUACAUAAUUAUAUGUUGAAAUCGAAUGCCUAUUGCCUUAUUGGGUCGGAAAUAUAGUGAUUAAUACUGAUAAUUGUACUGUAAAUGUACGAAAAUAUUCAUAAUAGAAAAGUGUUUGUAAUGGCAACUUGAAAAAAGUUAAAUUAUCAUAUUUGACCUCUGAUAUUUGACAGUAGAUUUAAAAAAAAAAAAAAUAUUUUUUUAAACUUUUUUACAAGACGAUAUAUAGAGUAAUGUAUUAUAUAUUUUCUUUAUUCCUUUGGCCUGGUAUACACUGUCGAAGUUUCUAUGAUCACAGUAGGAAUUUUGCAUAUAGGUGGUGUCCAAGUUUUGAAAGAUUUGUAAGAAAUGUUUGAGGGAACCGAAUCAGUGUUUAACAUUAAGUCGCGGUUUGUCCAAACAUUUCCUACAAAUCCUUCAAAAACUUAGUCUUAGAAUUUGCCCAUGCAGAAUUCCGAUUGUGAUCACAGAAACGUUUAUAGUGUAAACCAGUCUUUUCUAAUGAUUUGAUUUCUUUUCUUCCAAGUGGAACAUCUUUACAAUAUUAAUUUUUUAUAUAUUCUUUCUUUCUUGGGGUUAAUAAGGUCAAAUAGCACAAUGUGUCAAUGGCAAGAGUUUGCAUCUGUUUGCUUAUGUAAACCCCCUCAUGACUUCCUGAGAAUAUUGAUUUGAUUAACUGUGUUUGUCAUAUCAAUUUCCUGCUUCGAGUAUAAACGAAAUUUUUGCAAUCUAUUGUUUAGUGGAUUUUAGUAGAUCGAUUUGAAGCACUAAUUAGGCUGCAUGGGUUACACUAUCAAAGUUUCUGUGAUCACAGUAGGCAUAUACAUGUAUUAUUGCUGUAUAAGGAUAUAAACAUAUACAGAGUUUUAAAUUUUUCUCAUCAGUGUAAAAUACGUCAUAAAUUUAUGAAUAAUAUGUGGCUUAGUUUCAACUUACACGUAAUUAAUAAAAUACAAAGUUUGGAAACUCGAUAUAUGGUUUUACAAAACUAAACGACAAAACACCAUCUCAUUGUCACCCAUGCAUAUACACUGGGAACAAAUGUAUGUGAAAUGCAUUGUAUGAAAUUUGCAAUUGCACUACUAAAUCCAUCCAAUAGUAUAUCCAUACUAUUUCGAUACUAUAUCCAUAGUAUGAAAAUAUACAAUUAUUAUGGAUAAUCAAAAUCCAUUCUAUUUCCAAUAAAGGUCCAUACAAUCUCCAUUUUAUGAUCUUCUAUGGAUAUUCAAAAAUUUUUGCAGUGAUAGGUACAAGUUUUUGUACUACUUGUUCAAAAUUCAAAAUUUAUCUUUUCUUCCAAAGCACCAAAUCUAAAACGAAACCGAAAUGUUUUGCACUUAUUGCGAUAAGUAAAAACCAAAACAACAUUGAGAGCCCAAAAGUCUGGUCAAAGUGGCUAGAUGAGUAGAGGGGCAAGGUCAGCUGAGCUCCGUAUAAAAUCAUUUUUCCCAUGUAAAAAGUUGGUAUUUCCGUUGAUUUGAAGCAGUGUUGACAGGCAGUAUUGAACUCGUGUUACGGUGCAGUGUGGUGGCAUCUUGGAAUGCAUUUUUACGUGGGUGUACUUCCAAGAGGGGUCAUUUCGAACACAAUUACGAAAUAUCUGAUAUUCGAGCAACAAUCCUUGAUGUAUUCUGCCUCAAGCUUUACCUUGCCCUGUCGCGAUUGUUGGUGAUAUACGCAAAGGCUAUUUUUACUUCGCCCACAUUAUUCCAAAAAUCGAUUCAAAAAUAAUGUUGCCGUCACAGUGCAUCGUUGACAUCGUGUGUAUGUAUACAUACGUCUUUUACAUGCAUCUGUAGUUCGAUUUCUGAAAUAUGCAAUUGUUUGAUCAGUUGAGAAAUUUUUUUCCAUUUUAGCCACUUCAUCCAUGCAGUAUAUAAGUGAUGUAUUGGCAAAUUUGGUCCUCAACUUUUUGCUUUUGAUUAAAUAAAAUGUAACCUGACUUUCUGAUUAAAAAAACGUUGCUAUAUAACUAUAUAAGAAUUUAUUUGGUAAAUUUUCUCUCAUUUAUAAAAUGCUCUUCUCCCCAAUGCCUGCCCCCUUAGUUAAUAUACGCCAUGUUUUUGCUUCCGUAUAUAAACUUCCUUGUAUGUUAUUGAGACAAGUUCAUUCAGGUAUAAAUCGCUUAAAUUUGCACCAUGCAGUUCUGAAGGCUAAAAACAUUUGCAUGCACUACCCUCUACAGGAGACGACGUUUGAGUUAUAAAAACUGACUUAUACCCAGUCGUCUCUAAUUGGUUUUAUAACUGAAGAAUGCUGACAACCGAUAUCAUAGCAGUUUGAUUUUGCCACGAACCCUGCGUGAACAAAUGAACAUUUUCGAAAAAACUGUACACGCUCUUCUGCGCAGGUGUGCAAUAUCGAAUUUUAGCUGCCCUGUCAAAAUUAAUAUGAAAUAAUUUUCAUAUCAGUAAAAGAACUGCUUUGUCAAAAUGCUGGACUGUUGCCCAAAAAAUGCACAUCACUACACCUUAAACAGUUGAAAGCUUGCAUAAUCGAUGUUUCAAAAAUAAACUGUUGUUACAGUGGUCAAACAUUUCAUCUUACACUCCCCGGUGAUAUUUGCCUCCCUGAUUAGCCCACGUCAAAGUGGGCUGAGCCAAUUCUUUCAUUGACCAAUCAUAUGACUCGUAUGACAAUUAGAAGCGAUUAGGGAGGGAUUUAUUUGCACAUUCCAUGUAUCAAAUGACUCACAAGAAAAAUAUUUUAGCAGGUUUUUUGGCAUUUGGCUUCAGUACACGAUCUCAAUCCGGGAAGGAAACUUCUCAGUAAAUUAGUCAAAAGGAUCAUUUGCGGUCGAGCCAAGAUAUCCUGCGAGAAGUAUUACAACAUAACAGUUCUUGUUCUGAAAGAGAAUUGUGAAUUACAGAUUGAUCAGAUCUUCCUUCUUGAGGUAAGCUGUUAUGAUUUUUAGUUUCCAACUUUAUAUAGGCUAUAUACAUGCAUGUAUGUAUGUUUAGUAUAGUUGCAUGCAGUAAUUUUCAAAGCUUCAAUGGUUCAAAUAUAUUCAUCGCAAAUAUAUUCAUAAUUUAAAGGCUGGCUAAACCCCGUGUGUAUAUGAAAGACACAAGUUGCCGGUUAUUUUAAGGCUCAGCAGCCAGCAGGUGUAGUUUUGACAGAUUACAGCUGAUCUCUUAAUUUCAAAAGCACUGUCCUAAACAUGUUUUAAGUGCAGAAUAAGGUAUAUUUAUAUUAGUAUAGCAAACUGGUGUAGAUAUAUUACAGUUUUUGUGGAAUUUAGCAAUAUUUUAAGUAUACCUGUAGCUAUGCAGGCAAAUAUCAGAAUUUUUGGUUCAUUGCCAGUGGGUAUAAGCCCGGAAAAGUUUUAAAACUUCGAGGAUUAUUUGUAAUAUAAAUACUAAAUCAAAAUAGUGCAUUUCCGUGUACAACAUUUUACGUGCUAAUGCCAGCGCUUGUUUCGUUGUGGCGCGCAUCUUCAGCCAAAUGCGCAAAUUAGUUUCAAAAUUCAACUGCUGGAUCAGUUUCACUUUCAUUUGAUAGGAAAUACGGCUUAAAUUUGUUCAUCUUAUUUCAAUUGUUUUGCAUUUGUUAUAUAAAAACAUUCCUGCAUGCUUCUAGUUAUAGGGCUAUAUACUUUAUUGUUUUUCCGUAUUUUUGUUUUACAUGCAAAUAAUAGCCAUAGGAGUUGCGGUUUACUUGUAACCGCAGUUCAAGGACACAAACGUUUUUAGUUUCGUCAAUUAGGUUAGAGAAUAGUGGGUGCGGCACGUCACUCUUGCACAAUAUGUUAAUGCGGUAUUUUGUCAGUUAUUUGAUAUUUUUUCAUGUGAACGCAAGAUUAGCGGUCAACCAUGAAAUGAAAAUCCGUAUAUCAAAGAAUCAUCAGAUUAAGAGUCACCAGCCUUCAAUUUAUUUAACUAUACCUGAAAUGGGAAACUUUUAGUUUAUGCUAGAAAUACACUGCUACAUAUAGGAACACUCUGCAUGGGUGCUAGCCUAUAAUAGACAUUGAUUUAGUGUAAAUUUUAACACUAUUUUUGUUUUAGUGAACACCAACUAUACACUGGUCAAUUGUCAUAUUUACACCCAAUAAGUGCCAUAGGUGUUUCAAUACACUUAUUGGGUAUAAAGUUCGUGUUUCCCUAACACAAACAUGGUGUUAACAUUUAUACUAAAGUGUGUACAGAACUGCAAUUAUUUACACCAUUUUGGUGUUUUGCCAACGGCAACACCCAGAAAUUUAGACUGUAUACAGUCUGUACAAAUUAAUUAAAUGCUAUAUAGAGCAUGUAUAUAUAUAAAAGCACAUGAACUUUAGAUAUAUAUUGAUUUGAAAUUUAAGUUUAAAAAUAACAUAUAUGACUUAAACGUGUUUGCGUUCUAAAAAUCAAUUUUUCACGUCCUUGAAAAUUUCGCAACCAGGAAAUACCAUCACUGCAUGAUCAGUUGCAAUCUCAAAUUUCAAUUUCUCAACGAGAUACGGCCUGCGGAGGAGGUUGAUCAUCGUGAUAAUCCCCCGCCACCGGUAUCUCCUCCCUUGAUCUUCUCACAAACGAAAAGGAAAGUCGCCUUCUAGAUUGAAUAACUAUAAAUAAGCCGGAUCCACACUUUUUUAUGCGCGUUUGCGGGAAAUUCUCUUUCUUAACAAUUCAAGUUUUCUGUUAGAAUUUCUGAGUAUAUAAUUGUAUUAAUUGAUAGUGUAUAUGUAACUAAAAGUUAGCAAUUUUUGUUUUUUGGUUCUCAUAUUUCGGCAAAAACUCGGGCAAAUGUAUGUCUUAAGAACUUCUGCCAGUUAAAUCAACAAAGUUUCUUUGGUCAAAGUUUGUGAUUAUAUAUAAACCUCUUUAUUCAGAAUUUGAGUCUGAAGGUUGUAUGAAACUUUUAUAUGGAUAAAAUUGUAAUGUUUAUCAGCCUUUUUGACAAUUUGUACUUUUGGCUUUGUAGCAAACCACUGCUUUGAUCAAAUUGUUCGGAAGAGGUUCACAUAUUUUGAGCAAACGGCUUAGUUUGAAGAAAUAUGAUUCACGGCGCGCUUAAUUGACAUCUGAGUUCAGGCGGCUUAUACUCUGUAAGUGACUUAAGAACCACCUGAAAAAUAUACCUGAAGGAGAACUUCGACGGCGUUUCCCGACGAAGCAGGGCCUUCGCUCAAAGUUUAAUUCUUAUUGUUGCCACUACCUGCAUUAUAGUCCGUUCACGACUUAUAGAAACACUUAACCUAAGAGUAAAACUUAAUAUUUAAAACAGGUUAUUCAAAAGUUCUUUGAAAAAUUGAUCAGAUGUUAUUUUUAGUUUGUAUUUUUUAGGCUUCAUUGCUCACUCACUUUGCUCUAAUUAAUUAUACAUAUAUUAUGCUGCAGCUGUUCAAUGUGUGACUCAUUGAAUCGGAAUUUAGAGUCCAGGUGACCAAGUAAACAAAUGACUUCAUCGCACAAUAAACGUUCAUUUGUCAAGAUAUUGCACCAUAUAAACUAUUCUGCCAUAUAGAGUCAGUUGUACUGACUCAGUUGCGUGGGCUUCGGAUAAACUUUCUUUUGUAAUGUAUAGGAAAUUUGCAUGGGAAAUACCCCGAUAUCUGGCUAAUGAUUUACUAUUAAUGAUCUUUUUAGGGGGAAAGAGAAACAAUUAAAUUUUAAAAGCUUUUUUAAUGAAACACUUAUUGCGGUAUCAGCAAAAGGAAAUUUUUUGAUUCUUCGCAAAAAAUUAAAUAGAAAUAUAUCAAUGUUACACUCUGCAUGUCCUUUUCUAAAGAAAUCCCAUUCCAUCCAGAAUGAAUAACUUUUGAACAUUCAAUACUCAAUCAAUAAGCUUUUUCUUAAGCCUGGUUCACUGUCAAAGUUUCUGUUAUCCGGCAGUAAGAAUUUUGCAAUUGCGUCAGGUAACUAUUUUUGAGUGAGUUCCCUCAAACAUUUCUUACAAAUCCUUCAAAACUUAGCCUUUACCGAUGCAACAUUCCUGUAUAUACUGUCGGUGAUUACAGAAACUUUGAUAGUGUAAACCAGACUUUAGCCACGGUAUAUACCUUGAAAUCUAUAUAUACAUGCAAAUAAAAGCUAUGUAGGUAAAUGCCAAAAUUUAGGUUAUAUUUCUAUAGCACACUUCAUCUUUUUACUGAAUUUCCUUAUCCGGAGUUUUUAUUGUACGAAGGUUUAAUAUAUAUAACUCUGCCGUAUCUCGAUCUUGUCGCGAAUCUCAGUUGACUUUAUUCAUGAAAAACGUACUGUACAAUAAGCCGUACGUGCCAAUUGGUUGGGUUUAAACCAUCUGGAAUUAGGACGCGGCUUUCGGAUGUUAUAAGCGAAGACUGAGACUUGGUUUAUACAGUCAAAGACGAUGACGGAAAUCAGAGAGAGAGGGCGAUCGCCUUUUUUGGUGUGGUCUGUGUAGGAAGAGGAAAAUAGAAGAUAGAUCAGUCCUCGCACGAAAGAUGUUCUCUUACAAAGUGUUUGUGUUAUGAUAUUUUUUAGGUUAACUACCUGAAAAUAUCAUUACACAACACUUUGUAGAGUGCUGCCUACAUUGGGGAUCGAGGAAAUGAGAGAGGACUUUUUUGAUGUGUUCUGGGUGGGAAGAGGAAAAUAGAAGAUAUAUAUCCUCGCACGAAAGAUCUUCUCUCACAAAGUGUUUUUGUAAUGAUAUUUUUCAGGUAGUUUAGACACAAAACACGACAGCUAGCUUCAGACUGUAGAAUGCUACCUACAUUGGGCCACCACAUUUGAGAUAUCAUUUUCAGGUAGUUCAGAAACACGGUAGCUUAAUAUUGAAAAAUGCUACCUACAAUGGACCCCCAUAUUUGGGAUAUCUUUUAAUUAAUUCACAGACACAAACCACGGCAGCUUAUAUUCAGUAUAACUAUAUACAUGCCUUAGUAUCCAUCUUCAGUAUAUAUAUCAUUAAAACUCAUUAAUAUAUCAGACACUAAUGCACUUCAUAAACUUCAAAUAUGUCUUUGUCUUUUGAUAUCGGAUAUGUAAACACUAAAUAUACAUAAUUUGGGGAAAGCACUUUUUGAAAAUUGCAGAAAAGCGAAACUCGCGCUUAUCCAUGACGGGUGACGUAUUUUGAAAUAAUGAAACUGAUACACAUGCAUGUCUUAUGAUUCCAAUUAUCGCCUCCUACUAAUCCCUCUUAACUGCAUUACAUAGUUUUAAAAAAAAAAUUUCGCAGCCUAAAUAUGUAGAAAUUAGACCAGCUUUACCCUGUUUUUCUUUGCUAUAGCCAUAUACCCACACUUCAAGCCAAAAUUAAUAAAUGAAUAUCGUGGAAAUAACUGUAAUCUAAAAUUUUGCUUUGCAUUUUAUCCUAAAUUUCCCAUACUGUAUAAACACCACCGCAUGCGUCAUCACAUGUUUGUCCGAAGCACUUCAAGCUCGUGCUGGCGGUGAGGAGAAGCGGGGCUUGAAAACAAUCAACUUUUAAAUUAGUUAAUACACAAAAAAUAAAGAUGUUUAGACAGGCUGUUUGACUAGUUCUUAUGAAAACCCUAGGGAUAAAACCGUCAAGAAAUGAUACAAAAAUUUAAAAAUCAACGAUAGUUUAUCAUACACUAAAUCAAGCUGUUUGAAUGAAGCUAGUCUGAAAAUAUUGUAGAAACGAUAUCAUUUGAUUAAUAUCCUAGGAUAAGCAGAAUGUUAGACCCUAUAUUUCUAUUCUUGAAUUAUUAUUCAACAAAAUUUUUCCUCUGCGCUAAAGAAUUGACCUCCAAUGAGCGAUUAUUAUAUAUAUACGACGUACUUUUCAACAGACAACAUCAUGAAAUCUUGCCUUUGUUUCCACGCGCAUGCGCUGAUGGUUGAAAGCUAUUUUAAGACCUUUGGGGAGGAUAUAUAAAUCGCACAGCAACGCUAUAAACAGCGACACAGCUAUCACAACCGCAAGCUGUUAAUCAUUGAGUCAUUAUCAAGCAAAGCGAAAGAAGAUUUAUUUAUUUCCAGUGAAAGAUAUUUAACUGUAAUACAGCGUUUAUAAAGCAAACUUGGUUAGUAUUAUCGAAUAUUAUGUCUAUAAUGUACUGUAGUCCGUUUUAUUAUGAAAUUUUGGCCAAAUAAUGUUCGUGUAUAAUGUUAAUUGUUGACACAAGACGAUUAAUAUCACACAAGUGACACAACUGAUAUUCAGCCAAGCAAAUUAUUUGAAUUUGACUAUAAUCUUCACUAUAAUAAUAUUUUAUUUCUAUGUUUAAACGAAUGGAAAGCUUAAGACAAUUGUGUAUUGAAUAUUGUAGUCGAAUUCGAGGGUAAACCAGCGUACCAUUGAAAAAUAUCUAGUGCAAGGCGUUAACGCUAAUGAAUAGCUUCGUCUUUGCCUUUGGUACUGCUUUCAUACUGCUUUUAUAUGGUGGCAAAAAUGAUGAAAUUGUGUAGAGAUUAUAGUCGUACAGGAUUUCAUUCCGACUGCAUGUGCGAUAUAUAUUAUAUAUUAUACGCGGUGCAUGGAAGCUAAUUUGGUCGCGCGGAUGCUAUAAUUUGUUUGUACAAUGAUCUGCAAUGUGCCCAGUCUGCCAGCCUCGUUAAAAUGUCGAAUUCAACCACUGAAUCCUAUGUUACAGUUUUAAUAAUAUAGUCAACAGCCAUUCCUUUCUGGUAUUAACUAUUAAGGGUGGUUUAUACAAUCGAAGUUUCUAUGAUCAAAGACAAAGUGUGCGACAGUGUUUAAACUUCAUUCAAAGACACAAAUUUGAGUUUAAAAAUCGUUGAAUCGAAGUGGGAAUACCAUGCAUGACUGAUGAUCUGAUCCGCGGUGAUCACAGAAGCUUCUACUGUGUAAAGUAACCUUUUACAACAGCAUGAAAUAGCUAUACCACAAGUCAAAACUGUGGAGUUCAAUUGCGUGAAGUAUUUAAUUUCAUGCUUGACGAUGCUACAAUCAACAGAUCAAAUAAUGGACCUGUCUUCGGCUUUGGUUUCAUUGUUUAAAAUUAUUUUACAAAGACAAUAAACACUCGAUUCCCACUGACAGUGGCAUGAAGAAAAAUUAUCCGAUGCUUGCCUCUUCGGGAGAGAGAAUACAGUAUUAAUAUCUGAUCAUAUGGAUUAUGGGCAUGCAUAUUAUGACUCGAGAUAAGAUUAAUUGAAAAGAUUAAAUUUAAUCUACAAUAGUUUAGUUUAGCAUUUACCGCUAUUGAUAAUGAGUCAUGACUCGUGAGUGCUAAUAUAUGAUAAGAAAGCUUCGGAUUAAUAGCGAUUCAACCACCUGAAGAAUAAAAGGAGAACUUCGUCUUCAACGUUUUGACGAAGUGCCUUCGCUCGAAACGUCGAAGUUCUCCUUGUGUUUUUCAUUUAGUUGUAUUCCUAUCAAUCCAAAGCUUUCCCUUUCUUUCUUUCUUGUUCUCUGUAAUAGACUAUAUAGCAUGUAUAUAGCAGUAUGGCCUUAACAAAAAUAUAUUAAUCUUCACUCACCAAUGUUAAAUCUAUUACAGAAACCAUCAUAACAUUAUCCCAACAAAGUUCAAAUUUAAAAUGGGUAUUUCGCUAAAACGAAGUAACAGCCGUCGACGCAGCCUUCGACGGACAGAAAGCAAGGAAAGACAGGCGAGGAACCGUGAUGCUCGUCAAAAUGCGGCGAAUAUGCGAGGCAAUGGCGUAUCCAAUGAAGAACGAGGGACGCUCAGUGAUAUUGGAUCUGCGUUAAGAGCUGUCGGAGACUCGUUGAAUAACAGCCGAUCCAGCGGUCUCGAUCGUGCGCAUGAAAAUUAA